GGGGCCCACACAGGCGACCACGUCGACAGUAGAGGGGACUGAAGUAGUGGACAGACUUUUGCUUGAUUUAUUAGAGAUCUGCCUGCUCAGCAGCAGCCACUGGGAGGACAAGACAGAGAGGAGGAGGAGGAGGAGGGGAAAGAUAAGUGUCAAUCUGUUGAAACUUGUUUGGGAAUUUGAGGAAGGAGGGGAGAGACAGAGAGAGAAGCAGCAAGAGGGAAAAGUAAGGAGAGCUCUGGCGUAAACAUUAAGUGUUUCACAAGAGUUAAACUAUUGAGAGGAAAUGGGCAGAUUUAUCUGAAAACGGAGAACAUUUGUCAGCCAGAUGAUGUGAAUACAGGGAAUUAAUUCUUGUGUGUUGUGCAAUCUCAUGUGUUUGAGCUGAGUUGGACCCAGGGGGGAGACCACAUAUCUCCCCAGGAUAAAACACUCAGGUUCUCCAAAUUAUGAUACAAUGGGGACCAAAAGACCCAGCUGCACCGUCUUUGACACUUCAUCUAACAUAAACACAUCUGACCGCAAGCUUCAGCCAGGUGGAAAAAUCUCCCGGGAACCAAGUCCCAGGCCAGCGAUGACCGCCCAGUCGGAGCGAGAGAGAGACAGCAACCGAGAGGAAGACUGUAGGAGGGAGAGAGAAACGGAGAAAAUGAGAGACAAACCGAGAUACAAAGAUGUGGACCCACGGGAUAAAUACUACGAAAGAGACAGAGACAGAGCUCCUGCACCCCGGCCGAGAGAGGGAGAAAGAGAGUGGAGGGAGAGAGAGAGGAGGCAAGAAGGUGACAGAAGCAGAAACGGGAGGCCGGUGUCACAUCUAGAGCAGACUGUGAGAGGGGUGGAGAGGGGGAUGAAGAAAGGCGACACAUUUCCCCGAAUGAGCAAAAACAGCGCAGAUCGUGGCAAGAGAAUGGCGACCACCACCAAGGUGGAUGAAGAGAGAGCGGAGAGGAGGCACAGAGAUAGGCCGAAAAGAGUAGACCAAGACGACUGGGAGAGAGAAAGAGAGAGGGCACAGCAGAGAGAGAGGUACAGAGAGGGGGGAAGAGAUGAUGUCCGAAGCAGGGGAAAGGAAGAAGGAAAACGACCUGUAGAAGAUGAGAAAUCCCGAAAGAGGGAAAGAUAUCAGGGGGCUGAUGUUGGUUUUCAAGACAGGAGAAGAGAAGUGGGUGAUCCGCGUGACAAAAGAGAGAGGGAUGCAGCUAGAAAAAGAGAAAAGCCGAGGCCUUACGUGGGAGAGAGGGAGGCCAAGGUGCCUUCUCCGCACAGAAGAAGAUACGUCGACCCGGAUAGGAAAGAGAGGGAAAAGGCGCAAAGGGGGGAGGGAAGGAGGGACACCAGGAGUGAAGGAGACAGCGACGACAGAGAGCAGAAGAGGGAAAGAGUGAGGGACAAGGAGAUUCAAGAGUUGACAUAUAAACACAGCAGAAGUGAGGGGGACAAGCCGGGCACAACACAGAGGGAGAGAGAUAGGGAUAGGCAAGGACACAGAGACGAGGACAAGCAGAAAUACAGAGACAGAGAGGUGGAUAAAUCCAGGAGGAAGGGAAGGGAGGAAGAUAGGGAGAGGUACAGAGAGGCUGACAAGAUAAGGGAGGAGGACAGAUGGAAGGAAGGUGGGAGAGACAUGAAGGAUGACAGGAGAGAGGAAGACAGAUACAGAGAGCACAAGCAGAGGAGAGGCAGGGAAACAAAGGAAAGAGAGGCCGAUCCGAGUCGGGACGAUCAGACAGGCAGAAGCAGCCGACCCCAGAAUGAGACGACCCUUCGGCCGCCGCGAGCCCAGAGCAGCGGAGACUGGAGCAGCGACAUGGACAGUGAUAUGAGGCAUAGGAGAGGUAGAGACAGUUAUGAAGAGAGGGAAUCAGGGAGAGAGAGCACCGCUGACAGUGACAGAGACUUAGACGAGCAGAGGAAUCCAGCUGCGGAAAGAAGUCAAAGGGAGGAAAAAAGAAGCGAGAGAGAGCAGAGAAGGAUGUGGUUAGAGCCACAGAGGGGCAAGAAUAGCAAAGACGAGUCUGUAGAAAGAGAGAGACACAUGGGGGGGAAAGAGAGGACGAGAGAGGACGAGAGGAGCGUAGAGUGGGAAAGAGAGGGGCGGCGAGUAAAAGAGGAACCAGAUGAGAAGUACUUGGACCACAGAGGAAGACAUGAGCACAGGGGACACACAGAGAAGGAGACAGAGGGUGUAAGCGUAGAUGAGGAGGAGGUGGGUGAAGUCUGGAGAGAAGAAGAUAAGGGUGGAAGGGAAUUGUCUGACAGCGCUGAAGGGGUAGAGGGAAGCCGGCAGAGGGAUGCAGAGGGAGAGAACGUGACAGAUGACACGGAGGAGAGUGACAGAGAGGAAGAGGGUGGCAGCGAAGGAGGAAGUGACACAGGGUGGAGGCAGGACAGAGACAGAAUGCCGUCAGGAGAGGACGGCUCUGUGUCCAGCGGCGGAGACGGGGAGGACGAAAGAGAGGAAGACGAAGAAGAGAAGUUUGAGGACUGUCCGGAAUUCCCGGAAGCUGCAUAUGAUGGCAACUCACCUGUUGACAUCGAGGGAGACAAGGAGAGUGCAAUAGGAAAAGAGGAUGAGGAGGAAGAGGGGAGGGAGAAGUAUGUCUUCUGUGUGAUUGGGCAAACUUUGCUCCGACCCAAAGAGGUGUCACCGUCACAAGUUGAUCACACGGGAGGAAACAGUGAUGCACAGCAACCUCAUGAUGACCUGACUAGAUAUGAUGAACAUCCGAUCAUCAACAACACAGAAAGCAGGAGUGACGCCACGGGAGAAACGACUGAAGAGGACAUCAGAUACAGAAAGGGAAUGAGGAGCAAAGUGGAGAACCCGUACGCCGAAAUAGGGACGAUUAAAAGAGACUCACGGACUGAAAAACUCCUCGUAGAGUGGCGAGAGAAAAAUCAACACGGGGUGGAAGGAGAGAAGGAGCAAGUGAAUUUUGAACAAAUUCAACCCUUCUUGGAGGAAGGAAUUAACAGCGGAGUGAUGAGUCCAGAGGAGGUGGAGGCCAUUCGGAUCCGAAUGAGUGGGGCGUGGAUCAUGUACGAUGAGCCCAAGCGGCAUUCCCAAGCCCCCCACCUUAAAUGGGCCAAAGAUGUGGUGCGGGAGAUUCUGGGACGCUCGGAGGAAAAGGAUGUUGAUGAAGACCAAGGGGUCGACCAGUGUGGGACAGCGAUGGAGAACGACAAACAACAGGAGGACGCUGAAGAGGUGCCUGUUGUUAGGUUGAGAAAGCCCAAACAGCGCUCAGAGCCAGAGCCCGAGCUGGAGGAGGAAGAUCUGCUGGAGGUGGAUGGAUUGAGAGGUAUGGGUCAGAGCCAAGCUGACAUGCAUGCUGACCAGUUCACAGUUAUGCAUGGUGGUGACACACCUACACACACUCAUGCUGACACACUGUUAGACACAGAAGGGAAGGAGGAUCACAGGAUGGACAAAGACACUGGUCAGCUUCAGUUAGAAAAAGCAACUAUAGAGGUGAAGAUUAGUGAAGAAGAGGCAGGUGAUGAGGUUAAAUUAGCAGAGAUGGAAAAAGAGACAAGAGAGAAGGAGGUGGAGAUGUAUUUAUCUGUGAGCAACACGCUGUACAAGCCUAACAGCUGCCCCAUUCUUAACUAUGAGACAGAGUCUGAGCUCCUGGUUCCCUUCAGAGAGGAUGGAGGCCAGGCGGAGGAAGACACAACGAGUGGAAGUGAGGAAGAGAAGCAGGGAGAGGAGGAAGGGGGUACUGCGGAGGAGGUGGGAGAGGAUACAGAGGUGGAUGGCAGAGGGGUGGAGGCGGUGGCAGAGAGGAAAACAGCAGGGGUGACUGUGACGAGCAGCGUCAGCUUCAGAGAUUUGGGUCCAGGGGCUCGAUUUCGAAGAAGGGGGAUCCGUAAAACCACUGAAAGAAAGAAGAACGGAGAGCUUGUAGAAGUGGAAGAAGAGGAAGAAGGUGGUGUUGGAAGGGACCGCAGAACCAGAAUAUUCUCUAUAACAGAUGAUGAGGAUGAUAAAAGCAAAAGCUGGGGAGAAGUGGAGCUGAGGAACGUUUUGGACACAAUCGACAGACGGAAAAGGAAUUCAAAGUUCUUCAAUGCUGCCCAGCUCUACCAGCAGUACAGCGAGGCUGCCCAGAACUUUGAGAUCCUGCGUCAGGCUCGCUCCGAUGUCCUCUCAGUGUGCGAGGACCCUACCGCGUCUCCUGCUCCCUCGCCUCCUCCGGCCCGCAGACCCCUUCCUCCCCUACCUCCUGUCCCGCACCCUCACUCCCUGUCCCACACAGGCUCCAUCACCAGCAUCAAAAGCUUGCCUGUCCCUGAGCCCCCCAGGAGCGGAUGCAGGUCUUCCUCCCCACGUCUAUCUAUCGCUCUCUCGCAGUCGGCCACGUUGUGGCGGGAGCUGCCGGGGGUCAGGAACAGCGCUGAGCUUGAGGAGCUCACAGAGGACGAGAGGCGACUACAGGAGGUGAGAUUUGAGGUGGUGACCUCAGAGGCGUCAUACUGCCGGAGUUUGGACAUUGUCGUUGAACACUUUGUCAAGUGCAAACAGCUGGGGUCGCUGUUGGCUACUCAGGAUAGGAACUGGCUGUUUUCCCGGCUUGCUGAUGUUCGUGCCAUCAGCCACAGCUUUUUAUCGAAGCUGGAGGAACGGGUGGAAGAUGACAUCAUUCACUUCCCCGUGUGUGACAUCAUCGCUCGGCACUGUCAGCGCUUCAAAAUGGUUUAUGUGCCCUACCUCACCAACCAGUCCUAUCAGGACGCCACCUACCAGAGACUCAUGAAUGAAAAUCCAGGGUUCAAACGGAUUGUGGAGAAAUUAGAGAGGAGUCCUGUUUGUCAGAGGCUUCCUCUUCGUUCCUUCCUCGUCCUUCCCUUCCAGAGGAUCACAAGAAUUAAGCUGCUGGUCCAGAACAUUGUGAAGAGAACAACUCCUGGUACUACGGAGGCGACUCAGGCCAUCAAGUCUCUGAAACUUCUGGAGAAGCUGAUUCAAGAGAGCAACGACAGCAUCACUCAGAUGAGAAGCAUUGAGUCGCUGGUCUGUCUCAGUGCGAAGGUGGACUUUGAGUGCAGGACUCUUCCUCUGAUCAGUCAGUCUCGGAGGCUGGUGCGGGAAGGGCCGGUCACCGAACUGAUGGAUUUCUCUCUAAAGGAGACAGAGAGGAAUAUUUAUUUGCACCUAUUCAACGACUACUUGCUACUUUCACUACAAAAAGAAGGGGGAAAGUUCACAGUAAUAGACCACGCUCCUGUAUCAGACCUGCGUGCUGAGAACUGUCGUGUCAAACUGCAUUCCCUCCAGAAGAACCUGUUCCGGCUGCACCUGACGAGCAGAGCCCUGCUGCUACGGACUGACACACAGAGUGAUAAGCUACGUUGGAUAUCUGCUCUUUCUCGGCCGCAUCCUGAUAUCGAUUUCUCUGCUGCACAAGAUUUUAAACAGAUGCAGUGUAUCCGAGCUAUUGUUUCCCAUCAGCCUGAUGAGGUGUCGUUGGAAAAAGCUGAUAUCAUUCUAGUGCACCAACAAAGCAGUGACCAUUGGGUAGAGGGAACCAGACUGUCCGAUCGGCAUCGUGGAUGGGUGCCCGAGUCACAUUUGGAAACCAUAACCAACUCUAGAGUCCGGCAACGCAAUCUGUCAGAUGCCCUCAAACUGACGACGGCCACAGCUGCCAUUUGACCAGGACACUCAGACGAAACAACGGGACGUCCUGGAGGCACCGUAAAGGAUGGGACUCUGUUGUCUGCUUCAAACUGCUGAAAACUGGACUAUAUGGACAGUCUGUGCUCCAAAUGUGGAUUUCUGUCAUUGAAUUGUUCACAACAAUGCAGCAACUGAAAUGCUGUAAGAAUGCAUCUCAAUGUAGCAUUGGGUCUCACUUGUUUCACUUGGUGGAACAAUAUAUUGCCUUUAGAGCAAUGCGUGAACUGCCUGAAAGACAUUAAGGACAUUAUGACUCUAUUAACUGCUACAGUACAUUACUGACACUGUGUGUGCUGUAAUACAUCAAUAGACUGGUGUUUUAAGAGAUUUUUUUUUAAAAGAGAAAUCACCCUUUUCCAAGAAAUGCUGUGUUUGGAAAAUGUAUUAUUUUUUUGUGUAUAUUGAAGAGAAUCUAAGAGUUGAGUGAAUGGUGCAUUUCUGUUGCAAAGUUAGCCCCUGCGUGCAGGAGAGCUGACCGAAAUCAUGCAAAAUGUUCAAGAUGAUGAUUCAAAGAUGUACAGAGCUUACACAGUGAGGACAUUUCAAUAAAUUUAGAUUGGUGGAAUAAAAUCACUUUUGUGCAAUUACA